GGCCGCCGAUUCGCUGGCCCGGAAAAUCUGGCGGGCCGAGCAGCUUGUUUCGCAUUAGCCGCACCAUCUGGCUCCACCCACAGCGAGCAGGGGUCGAUUGGUGAAGGAUGCCCGUCCGUCGUCGCUGCGAGAGACACCGCUCUCCACGUCGUCGUCGCCCACAGCCAGUUUCAACCUCUCGGACUCCACCGCGUUCGGUAGGUUACAUCCCAUCAUCGGCGGCGCAAGAGGACUGGCCGCCGGGAAGCGCCUUUCCGUGCUGCACCUCAAGUGUGCUCCGCGCGAGGAGAAGAGCGAGUCCUACUGGUGAUACAGCAGUCCGUCGAGUCAGACUUCUUCCUCUGGUGAGUACCUGGAUGGACCCCUCAGCCGCAACAUUCGUAAGCUUUUUGCGCCACACCUAAAGUCGCUAUCCCAACCGACUGUCUCAUAAUGGGGCUGGUGCCUAAAGAAACAACGAGGUAACCAUCUUGCUCAAGCUCCUCUUCAUUUAGUUGUUGUAGAGUGCUUUAUGCGUUGUAGAUG